UGAAAACAUUCAAGCCGAAGUCGUUUAACAUGACUGUAAAAAAUCGACAUGGAUUUCGGACAAGGUAAGAAAUUCAGUGAUCAAUAGACUGAAGGUCCACAAUAUAUAUAUAUCUAAAACGUUCGAACGUUCAGUCGCUCUACCUUUCUUGAAUCCAAAUCUCCUUGUGCAAUUUUAAUCUUUGAGCCUGAAGACUGUGCACGAUCAAAGUACGGGACCCGAUUCAGAUUUAAGGUACUGAGCAGUUCUUACACCAUAGCCCUAUCGGUAAUUUCAUGUUGUGCAGAGAGUUUCUAACUGUUGAAACACCGGAUGAAGAAUUCACUUUGAUCAUACUAGUUACAGCAGGGGUAUUUUGCAGAACGCCUAAUGACUCUGAAGAUUUGUGAUAAGGGUUAGUAAACUGAGUGAAUCAAGUUUCAGGUCAGUUUUCCCAGUUUAAUGACCCUAAAUGGAACUUGUUUCACUCAGUUUCCUAACCUUAAUCACUCGACUUCAGAGUCAUUCGGCGUUCUGCAAAAUACCCCUGCCGUAAUACUUACAGUACAGUAAUUUUUUUUCCUGGUGCUGUUAAUGGUUCUCCUAUGAAUUACUUCAAAUGCCACAAAUUCAUGCAGACGAAAGGUAUUGAUUUAUAAUACUGAUAAUAAAUAUUGUUAUAUUUUAUAGGUGUUGCUUUUUAAAUUGCAAAGUUUAAAGUGGGCAAUAUUGUUUAUUUAUACACAUGAUAGAAGUACUUUCACUUUCAAACUAAAACCGCAUUACGUAUGCUUCAACCUUAGACCGGGGGGGGCACUGCCAUAUAUGGGCUAGGUACGUAUUUGCCGUUAAGUCAGGUAGGGUUUUUUAAAACAGUUCGGUCUGAAGAGUGGAUAAAAAUCAGAGGAUAUUGGCUUAUACAGGGUAUCAUUUAUGGGACAUUGAUCAAUGGUAUGUAAAUGCGUAGUUUCUUGCUUACAGUAAGUCUGGAAUAGAGAGGUGAUUUUUAGACAUGGUAUACUGCUUAAGGGUCGGGAUUCCCAGCGGCACACCCCAACCAAAAUUCCUUGAGUGCCCACUCCCGCCCUCCACAACCCCCUCUCCCAGAUUCAGACGCAUCUCCAGUCCAUUCGUUUGAGUCCUCCGUCGGAAAUCAUUCUGUAUUAACUUAACCUUUUUCCGUUAUAAAAGUCUAAGCAAAAAAGGGUUGGAUGAAUGAGUGUUACUUGAGACCUUUUAUGAAUUCCGUCUGAAGGAGGAUAGGAUGGGGAUUUUCCCCAGCUUGACCUUUCGUUUUAACCGCUUCAAUGGUGCCUCGAGCUAAAUAAAAAUCACAGGUAGACCAACGGGCCACCCUCUGUUCGUGUGGCCGUUGUUAGCUGAGCACAAGAAAGAAUGAGCUAAGAAAGCGAAUCCCUCUGCCCCAUGAUAAUUGUUUUAAUCUAUUUAAAGUUCUCGCGCGUGCUGCGAAGGUUAUAUUUGCCUGUUGUUUCCGGGACUACCCUGGGUGCCAGAGACUUUUCUAGCGCGGUUUCCGGUUUCUGUCAAGUUCUACUUUUAUCUGAAAGUGACAUGCUUUGCUGCCAAACAUGAGAAGUUUGACGGCCAUUAUAGUAAUUAGCGCCAGGAGCCGAUACUAAUCGGCUCCUGUUGUUGACAUAUUUUUGAUCAGCUUGUUCCGCUCAUAAUUUAGGAAUGAAUUUCAUUUACAAAGGGAUUGCAGUAUUGGAGUUAAGAUUUCACUUUGCGAUUAAAGAUUGAGAUUAUCUAACGGCUGGUAGCCAUUUAUAAAGUAACGAAUGUUGAAUUCUGACAUACCGUGAAAGCCAAAGACAAAGGUUAUCACGCGCGAAACACGAAACCGUUAAUAGGUGACUGGCUUCAAUUGUUUAUGCAAAUGUGCAAGAUAUUUUUUUUUCUUUUUCUAGGAAUAUUUAUCGUUCAGAAACGGUACAUUUGCUUUUAAGAAUUAUUCUUGAGAGUUUCAAACUGCAUUACUUCUUCUUCACGUCUAAUACUUGCGAUGAAUAUUUCGCCCUGCCAACACAAAUCAGGUCAGAUGCUUGAAGCUGUUAGACAGUCGUUAACCUGGAUGCUAGAGACGUUUUAUGCGCGGUUUCCGGUUUCGGUCAAUUCCAUAUUCACGACUAAGAGACAGGAAUGGGCGUGCAGCUCGAAUUGUGGAGCCUAAGUGUUUAAUGCCGUCCAAAUAACAUACAAACUUCAACAUCAUAACUACAGAAUGGUAUACAAAUAUUCCUAAAUAAAGCCACUUAGGCUAAACUAUUCACGUGCGCCGCCUGAUACGAAACCCCAAAAACCCAAUGCGAACGUAUUCCCAGCCGAUGCGGUCGCACUACCUCUGGGGGUUAAAGGUAAAAACUCAAUCGAUAGAUGAAUAAAGUAAGAUAUAAAAAUAAAAGUUGAUAGUUCGAGAGCUGAGAUGAAUACAGGGGAUUCGCUCUCUUAGAUCAUGCUCUCUUGCUAAGCAUCGAUCUAUAGUAUAGGAAAAAUACUAGCCUGCGCAGCGAGAGGGAAAAUCCCGCCUCCCAUGAGUUUUAAAUGCCGCCCACUUUUGUGACCUUGGCUGGAACUAUUUGAUUACCCAGUCAGAUAGAGCAGUGUAAUACGAAACUAUCCGGCGAAAGAGUCAGGCCAAGCGUGGCACUUAGCGUGAUGAUUCUCUGCUAUGAGUUUUAGUAAGUGAGUAGCUUUUAAUUAUUUAUCGUCCAUGACGUGGGGAGUGGUCGCCCAGUCUCCAAACCAUGGGCUCAUGUGUAAAAUGCUCGACCGAAGGAAAAAAUACAACAAAAACGUAAAACGCAAUUGAAUAAAGGAUAAUUUUCAUAAAUAAGGUAUAAAAAUCCUUUAAAAUAUCUGCUACAUAAAUUCAGUUAAAAAUGGACCUGAUUAAAAAACCUGGGGAAAAAAUACAAAAUACAAAAUACAAAAAUAUAUAUAUGUAAUAUAAUUAACACAUAUAAUUUGCAAUAAAUCAAAGCUACAAAAUACUGCUCUGACAUUACAGUGACCUUGUAUAUUAAUAACCUAAAUUGUUGGAAGGUGGGAGCAGAUUUAGUAGAGAAAGGCAAAUUAUUCCACACAUGGGCAAUAGAAUAAGAAAAAAAGUUAUGCAUAAAACGGUUAUUAUAGGAGGGUUGAGAGACGUUUAAUCCUCUACCUCGUAGGUUGUUAUUGGUAACUCUAGGCAUAAAAAAGUUCCUAGAUUCAUUAAAAUUUCCAUUUGAAGCUUUAAAAUAGUAAUUAGGAAAAUCAGCAAGGAUAGAGCUUUCAACUGGGACCUCAUUUAGUAAAUUUUGACCAAUCCUGACAGUUACAUACAAAAAAACAUGCAACAUUUGGGGAAAAAGUCCACUACCAAUUUUGCUAUUUACCUACUUCUCUUCACAGAUUAAAUUUCUUCCUUUGUUGAAAAGAAAGCCAGCCAAACUUUCAUGUAAGAGAAAGGCGAGAGAGUGGGCAACAAAACUCCGUCCAAAUUUUGCCUUAUGCGCAUGCGCGGUAAACAAAAUAGCUGCUUAGUUACAUCCAAUUAGCAGAAAUUUCAGUCCUGAGUGUUAGAAAUCUCUUUUUUAGCUUUUUUAGAAGCAUUUGGUCCAAAAUUCGUUUUUUCCCUAAAAAUUUACUGACGAAAAAGGGUUAAUCGGCAAAAAAAACAUUUGUUAAGUAAAAAUGAAGAGUCCUCCACAGCAUGCUCCGCCGGCUUUUCUAAGGUUCCACUGUUCAAUGAUCGAGAGCCUUUUUGAGGUUGAGUUCAGAUGGAUCAGGGAGUUAAUUCGCACUGCGUGACAAAAGGUAAUUAUGUUUGAUUCGCUUUCUCAAAGAACCAAUUUUAAUUAUUGCUAGAAGAUUUGUUUUUAAUUUUUGAGAUCUAUUCCGCUCAAAAAUGUCAUUCGAGGAUUUCGUUCAACCACAAAUCUUGUGGUGGAGUGGAGCCUGUUAGCUUGCUCAAUUUCAUUUCAUUUCUACGUGGACGUACUAACUUGGAGAGACAAGAGAUUUCCAUUAAACAUUGACGUGUCUGAUUGACGUUUUAUUGCCUCUCAGCCCAGAUUCAGCCCAGAUAAACAUUGUGGCGGCUCCAGUUUGCUCCUUUUAGGCGCUAGUCAAAUAAUGCAUCAGUCAAUUGAAACCCCGGUUCCCCGACACCCGGGGCAUGGUGGUGGAUAGCGGGGAUUUAACGCGGCCAAUGCCGGGAUUUGACGCACAAUUAACAACGUGUUGGCCCUGAGAGGCGGUGGAAUUAACAAAAUACCUGUUUGACCCAGGUCAUGAGCAGGGAUUUAAUAGCAUAUAUGCAUUUUCGGAUGCGGGGAUAGGAGCGGAGAUUUAACAUGAGUGACUAAAGGAAAAGCUUCGUUUCCCAAGGUGUUGAAGAUGGCGGCAGAAGAGAGAUGAUGCUGCAGAGAAUGACAUUUUAAUUAAAAUAAUAUGGACGCGAGAGAGCUCCGCUAUUAUAGGCGUUUUUAACUUGUAGUUUUGUUUUCUCAUUACAGACCACGUGACGGAACCCCAGAGAACUGUUUUUUUUUUUUUUCAAAUGUCGUUUUAUGCACGUGCACAUCCACAUGCAUAUGUAUGCAUAAUUAAUUAAAAGACAAGAUUUCACGCAAAUUAGUUAGUGCCUGGAACAUCCUACAUUGGUCGAGCAUUGCCUAACAAGUUUUUCACAAUUCCCCUUUUUUAAAAAAAAAAACGCCAUGUUUAUCGUAUCGAUCGAGACCCAACGCACUGAAAAGUUUAGAGCUUAAAUUUUGGCUUAAGUUCAUAAUUCUCAGAAUUUUUCGAAAAAAUACCUGAUAGGAUCCUUCUUGAUGUGCUCCUGUGUGUGUUUAGGUUUUCUAAAGCGUCUUUUAAUGCUCUGAUAUUGUAGCCACGAGAGACUGCGAGUUUUUUCCUGUUCUUUAUUUUUUCAUGUUUUGCGUUGCGUAAAGUUAGUUUAAUUAGUGCCUUUGUUAUCGCGCUUGGAGUAGUCUUUUGUUAGCCUUUUUCAUAUGCGUAUUCUUUCUGUAUUCUAGUCUCGGCGUAAUCGUUAUUGUCAAUUUUUGUAAGUUCGUUAGGUUCAUUAUUUUCAGUCCAGUUUAGUAUAAAGUCUUAUUUUUGGUUCAUGUAAAUCAGUCGCUUAGUUGUAUCUGGAGUUGCCGUACAGAUCUUGUAACUAUAGUUUUUUCUGUAAUUUUUGCUCGUUUUCUUAGUCAUUUGUUGUACUUUAAGUUAUCGUCUUUGUAAGGCUUUCGGUCCGCGUUUAUUAAUUCUGUAUUUUCAUUUUUGCUGUAAUUGUUCUAGUGAAUCGAGAGGUAAAAGUCGAAUUCAAACUGUACGAGAGUGUUCUCUACAUGCAUUCAAAGAUCUGUUAGUGGAUGUCAUGUGUUCCGGAGUUGAUCGGGUGUGGCAAAGAAGACGCCGUUUUCAUUCUGAAGAUGCUUUAGACAGUCUGCGACUGAAAAAUUCAAGAGCUGGGUACUUGUCGGGAAUAACCAAGUUGUACCGAGAAACUGAAGAACUCUUAAAUGACUCUAAGAAUGUCAAUGAAGUUUCGGAG